AUGACCACCGACGACCUGACUACUUUGAAGCGCGAUCAUUCGACCUCGCCUGAGCUAGAGAGUAUUGAGCGCGAACAUGUCGAGCCCGAUCAUUGGAAGGGCUUAACAGAUCCGAAGGAGCGCAGGCGGAGGCAGAAUCGGGUAAAUCAGCGCGCCUAUCGAAAAAGGAAGCAAGCGCAGCGGCAAGGCAUCAAUGUCCCAUCCUCCGACCUCGUCAAACGAAUAUCUACAUCCUCCGGCUCCGAAGAAAACAUCUUGCCCUCGUCCUCAUCCAACCCAGACUCUACGCCCACCCGCACCACUCUCUCCAUCCGAAAUGCCAAAUCUGACUCGAAAACAUUCACUCUCUCCCGCCGUUGCAUCAGUUUGGACGACGCCACUUUCCUCCUCGACCAACUCAGCAAAGCCGCCUACGAAAGCUACAUCAUCGGCUCCCCUGCCUCCGACCACCUCCUGACCCUCAGUAAAAUGAACGUAUUCCGCGCCUUCAGUUCAAUAAUGGUGACCCUCGGCAUGAAACACAACAUGGAAUGGCUCCACGACGAUGCCAUCUCGCCCUUUUCCACCCUACAACCUGGCUUCGUCGAAGACACGAACCUGCCCAUCAACCUCCGCCCGACAGCACUCCAACGCCGCAGUCCUCACCACCCUUGGCUCGACUUCUUCCCGCACCCGCGCAUGCGCGACAAUCUCGUCGCCGCGGGGGACGGAUUCGACGACGAGCAGCUCUGCAUCGAUACCAUGGGAUUCUGGGACAUGUCGAACGAGAGCUGUAAUUUGCUCGUUUGGGGGGAUCCGUCGGACCCGGCAAAUUGGGAGGUCACUGAGCAGUUUAUACGCAAGUGGCCGUGGGUUGUGCGCGGGUGUGGCGGGCUCAUGGAAGCGACGAAUCGAUGGCGGGCGAGUCGCGGGGAGAAGAUGAUUUUUCGAUAUCUAUAG